AUGGCGAGAACAAAUAAGCCAGAGGGAACUGCAAGCCGAGGAGUAUUAAUUGAAGUGAAAUGUGAAGUGGUGAAGGAUGAUUGGCUUUUUUCUCAUUGUUUUCACGUGAAACAUGCAUUUGAUUUUUUUCAGUACAGAAUGACAUCCAUAUCAUUUUAUGAAAUCGUUGUGGAUACCAUGGACAUGGUAUGGAUAUCGAUUUGUUAUCCAAUUGAAUAUGAGCAGACAUUUGAAGUUAAGGAGGCAUUGAAUAUCGAUACGAGUCUAUACAAAAUAGAGAUUUCAGUUCUUCUCCCGAUAAUAUCUAAAACUCUAGCUGCACCAAUCAUAAUUGAUUGUGACAACAACGUGAAGUUGUUUAUAUCUGCCAAUGGUAAAGAACAAAUUGGAAAUAUGAAUAACGAGGAGGAACAUGAUCGAACAUACAACGAUGGUAAUGAUGACAAUGGUGAUGGAAUAUUUGUAGAUUAUAAUGGUUUUGAUGUAAGUGAAGAUAGUCUCCGAAGAUUAGAUGACGAAGUUAAUUCUCAUGUGGCAAAUGACAAUAAUUUUGAGUUACACACGCAUGAACCUUAUAGUAGGAAUAUAGUGAAUGGUAAUGAUGUCGAAAGUACUCAGAUUGUAUCUGCAAGUUUGCUAGCUGUGAAGUGCCACUUUUACUACAAAGCUAAGAACUCAAAUAAGAGCACUUAUACAAUUGUUUGUAUUGAUGAAAAUUGCAAGUGGCGCUUACGAGCAACCAAGAUUGUAGAAAGUCCCAUUUUCGAAGUUCGAAAGUACAAUGGUCAUCAUUCUUACUCCAUGAGUGUUCAUCACAGAGAUCAUAGGCAUGCUUCAUAUAUGAUUACUGGAAACCACAUCGCUCCUAAGUAUGAAGAUGUUAACCGAGUUUACAGACCAAGGGACAUUAUUAAUGACAUUCGUCGAGAGUUCGGCAUAAUCGUAAGUUAUACUAAAGCGUAUAUGGUUAAAAAUUUUGCUUGUGGACUGAUUCAUGGGAAACCUCGUGAGAGUUAUACGAAAUUGCCAGCAUAUUGUCAUGUUUUGGAGAUGCAAAAUCCUGGUACACUGACAUUCAUUCAUACUAAUGAUGAUCGGCACUUCAAGUACCUUUUUAUGGCAUUGGGACCAAGUAUACAUGGGUUCCUAAACUCAAUGCGAAAGGUUAUUUCUAUAGACGGUGCAUUCUUGACAUCGAGAAUGAAAGGUGAUCUACUCAAGUUGCGGUUAAUAACAGGUGAUACGGAUGACCUUGUGAUUAUAUCUGACCGUGCAAUGUGUAUCAAAAAUGGAGUUAGAAAUAUGUUUCGAUUUGCUUAUCAUGGUAAUUGUACAUAUCACUUGCAAAAGAACUUGAAGACAAAUUUUUCACAGUGUGAUGUUGUAACUUUGUUUAGGGCAGCGUCGGAGACUUAUACUGUAAUCGAAUUUGAGCCCUACAUGACAGCUCUAUACAGUAAAAAGGAGGGCAUCAAAGAGUAUCUAUUAGAAGAAGAUUUUCAUUAUUGGGCUAGAGCGCAUUUUACCGGGAUACGUUACAAUAUCAUAACUACAAAUAAUACGGAAUCUAUAAAUGGUUUGUUGAAGAGUGCUCGAGAGCUUCCCAUAGUUGGUUUAAUAGAAUAG